CUCCCUCUCCCUCCAACGAGCGCUCGUCUUUGGGAUACAGCCCUUCGUUUAAUGCCAGGCAGCUGAUGGAGAUGCUGGCCAGAGGUGAAGGCCCCAGUCCACCGGGGGACAGGAUGGGACAGCAGUUUACCCAAGGACAAGGUAGCAGCCCGGGUGCAGGCAGAAUGGAUGAAGGUUUAGGGUUCGUGGGAUCAUCUAUCAUGGAGAUCCAGUCCGACUGGCUUGGAGAGGAAACAGGUGAUGGCUUGGUAGUGCAAGUGAAACUCCACAAGUGCCCAUUCUGUCCGUACACUGCCAAGCAGAAGGGAAUCAUGAAGAGACACAUCCGCUGCCACACGGGAGAGAGGCCCUUCCCCUGCCCCAUGUGUGGCAAGAGGUUCACAAGACAGGAGCACCUUCGCAGUCAUGCCCUCAAU